AUGAGUCAAACGAACUUGAGAACUGAAGCCGAGUCCGUGGUGAAUGCAAAUAGCGUUUGUAAUAGUGAGAGUGAAGCAGACAAAUGCACGCUACAGUCAGAAGAUUUUGAAGAGAUCACAGGCAUAUCUUCACAAAGUCGUGUUUCAGGUAGCUAUUCUUUUGGAAAAGGAGAAUUAAGACGUCGCAAUACAACAACGCUUACAACAAGAAGAGCAAGUAUUAGUAUUGAUACUGGCACUCCUGCUGGCUUGUCCUCAGCUUCGAAGGAUCAGCAGAAUACACUGGCAGAAAAGAGCAGUUCAAGCACAACAGAGAGCGGUACGCAUGGUAAUAGUUCAGAGUACGAAUGCAAUAUAUGUUUUGACACGGCGUCUUCCCCAGUAUUGACAUUAUGUGGCCAUUUGUUCUGCUGGCCUUGCUUGCAUCAGUGGCUAGAACAACAGUCACAGAAUCCUUUGUGUCCAAUAUGUAAAGCUGGAUGCGGUAAAGAUAAGGUUAUUCCUAUAUAUGGGAGAGGUAAAGAAGCCAAAGACCCAAGGUUAAACUCGACUAUUCCCAAUCGUCCGGCUGGCCAGAGACCUGAACCACAAAGAGAUCCUAAUCAACCGGGAAUUCCAUUCUUCUCAGGGACAACAUUUCAUUCUGCAACAUUUGGUCCUCAUUUUUCAUUUUCUGCCACUUUCAGCAUAUUUCCUACAUUAUUGGGGGCUCAGUUUUCAUUUCCUUCACAACAUACCGUCAACGUAGUUGGAAAUGCACCUCCAUCUCCUCAACAGGCUUUCUUAUCUAGAAUGUUGUUAAUAAUAACCCGAUGGAAGGGAAAUAAAAUUAUUAGCUUACCUGAUUCGCAGCCAAACUAUUUCCAUACGCGACAUCUUCUUUCCUCGGACUCACCAGGUUCGCAUAGCGGCCGUGAAUCAAGGUAUUAUCUGUACCCCAAACGUGGUCCAUCAUUACGCGGGCAUGGUGGUCGUGCAUGGAACCAUCUAGAAGUGACGAUGAGGAUCGGAAGACGCAUCCCGUGUUCAUUAGGGACAUGA